AUGACGAAGAGGAAGAAGAGAGCGACUGGAGCUCCCUCUCACGCGAAUCGCAACACCGUUACCGGCGAAAUAGAGGCGAGGGUCGUUCACGAUUCUUUGGAAGUCGUAGGAGACUGUAGAUUCCGUUGUUCAAAGGGUAGCUCAUGGAAAGAUAGGGGAGGCACUUUCAGAUUAAAAGAUCCUGCAGAGGCUGGAGGAUCUAAGAAAGAAAGUGAGAAGAAUCAAGGAGGAGGAAUUGACAAGGGGAAGGGUCGAAGGCUGAACCCUGCAGAGCUGGAGGAAAGGAGCAAGAAAGGGCUUUGUUUCAAAUGUGGAGACAAGUGGAAUAGGGAACAUGUUUGCAAAUUUAAACAUAUGAGCUUGAAGCUGUGUGAAGACAGUAGUGGGGAAGAGGCAGAGGUAGAGAGGUUAGAAGAAAACCAGAUGGUAGUGGCAGAUAAGGUAGAAGAGCUGCAGACUCUGCAAUUGUCUAUGCAGAGUAGAGAUGGGUUUACUUCUAACAAAUAUUUCAAGGUAUGGGUGGAAGUGAAGGGGAAGAAGCUGCUGACCUUAAUAGAUUCAGGGGCUACCAGCAAUUUUAUUGACCCAAAAGUGGUAGCAGAGCUAGCUGUGAAAAUAGUGGAAACUCCUACUUAUGUGAUUGAAGUAGGAAAUGGAGAGAAGGUGAAAAAUCAAGAAGUGUGUGAAGGGCUGGAAUUCAAUAUGCAGGGAGUGAAAUUCAGUCAAAUCUUUUUCAUGAUGGAGUUAGGGGGUACUGAAUUGGUGUUAGGCAUGGAUUGGCUAGCUAGUUUGGGGAAGAUUGAAGACAACUUUGGAGAACUCAGUUUAAAAUGGGAGAAAGAGGGUCUGGCAUAUGAAAUCGAAGGAGAUCCUGCCUUAUGUGUUAGGCAAUCAAAUUGGAAGGCUAUGCUCAGAAAUUUAAGAGAUGAGGGUGUAGGAUUCUAUGUGGACUCUAGGGAACCAGAAGCAUUGAAGGAAACAGUGGGGCAGGAGGAAUGGAAAGAACUUUUGAAGCCUUUUGAGGUAGUGUUUCAUUUACCAGCAGGACUACCACCUAUGAGGGCUCAUGACCAUGCCAUUAGAUUAAAACCGUAUGCUGCCAUUCCCAAUUUGAGGCCCUACAGAUAUCCUUUCUAUCAAAAGAAUGAAAUUGAAAAGAUAGACAAGGAUAUGCUGCAAGCUGGGAUUGUAAGACACAACACUAGUCCAUUUUCAAGUCAUGUGUUACUAGUCAAAAAGAAGGAUGGAGGUUGGAGGUUUUGUACUGACUAUCGAGCCUUGAACAAGGUUACAAUUCCAAAUAAGUUUCCCAUACCUGUAAUUGAGGAAUUGUUGGAUGAAUUGGGAGGAGCUGUAAUUUUCUCAAAGCUGGAUUUGAAAGUUGGAUACCAUCAAAUUAGGAUGAAGGAAGAUGAUGUAUCCCAGACUGCUUUUAGGACCUAUAAAGGAUAUUAUGAAUACUUAGUGAUGCCCUUUGGGCUAUCCAAUGCUCCUACAACUUUUCAAGCAUUAAUGAAUGAAGUAUUGAGGCCAUUCCUGAGGAAAUUCUGCUUAGUUUUUUUUGAUGACAUUCUCAUCUACAGUAAAAGCAGAGAGGAGCAUAGGACACAUGUGAAGAAAGUGAUGAUGCUGCUUCAGGAACAACAACUGUAUGCUAACAGGAAGAAAUGUUCUUUUGGUCAAUUGGAGAUUGAACAUUUGGGACACAUUAUUUCAGGAGAAGGAGUGUCAGCUGACCCAAAAAAGAUUGAAGAUAUGUUGAAGUGUCUAGUUCCCAAGGAUUUGAAGGGAUUGAGGGGAUUUCUAGGACUGACUGGAUACUACGGGAAAUUUGUCAAGAAUUAUGGCAAAACUGCCUGGCCCCUGACUCAUUUGUUGAAGAAAGAUAGCUUCCUAUGGAGCAAGGAUGCUCAGUUGGCUUUUGAGGCUCUUAAGGUAGCCAUGACAACUGUUCCAGUCUUGGCACUACCUGAGUUUGAGAAAGUUUGUGUUGGAAACUGA